AUGUCGAACCAAGUAUUAAAGUCACCAUUAUCCAAAUCAAUCAAAAUUGCACUUAUUCAGUUAAAAGCUGGGGCAGAUAAAGCAGCAAAUUUAACCAAAGUAACCAAAUUUAUUGAUGACGCAGUUACAAAAUCCACAGGAGUAAAUUUGGUCAUGUUACCAGAAUGUUUUAAUUCGCCUUACGCCGUAGACCAAUUUAGAAAUUAUGCUGAAGACAUCCCCCAGGGAGAGACUACUCAAUUGUUAUCGAGUUUGGCACAAAAAUAUAAAAUAUACAUUAUAGGGGGCUCAAUUCCAGAGAAAGGUAAGGAUGAUAAAAUUUACAAUACAUCAUUGACUUUCAAUCCUCAAGGUGAAAUCAUUGCAAAGCACCGGAAAGCUCAUUUGUUUGAUAUAGAUAUACCUAAUGGUAUUACCUUCCAAGAGUCAUCGACUUUAUCCGGAGGAGACAAAGCCACGGUUUUCAAAUUGGGAGAGUAUGGUAAUGUUGGCUUGGGUAUUUGCUACGAUAUCAGAUUUCCAGAAUUGGCUUCAAUAGCAUCCCGUUACCCAUAUAACUCGUUUGCUAUGUUUUAUCCAGGUGCAUUUAACACAACCACUGGUCCGUUGCAUUGGCAUCUAUUGGCUCGUGCUCGUGCAGUUGAUAACGAAACUUUUGUAGUUUUAUGUUCACCUGCCAGAGACGUUGAAGGUGGUGGCUACCAAGCCUAUGGGCACUCAUUAGUUGCAGACCCAUUUGGUAAUAUUAUUGCCGAAGCCGGAGAAGGAGAAGAAAUAUUGUACGCUGAAUUGGACCCAGCUUUGUUGCCAAAAGCCAGAGAUGGAAUCCCAGUACACUAUCAAAGAAGAUUCGACAUCUACGGUGACUUUGUUGGUGAAGGAAAAGCAGAAGUAAGCGACAAAUAG